UGACACAAACUAGAAGUCUACAUAGAUUCAAUAAUAAAGAGACACGGACCUACUUAAAUGUGGUUUAGCGUUUUCCUAACUUUUUUUGAUUGUUGGAGAGAUCAGAAUACGCUGGUUUUUCCUAGGGAACGAAUCUCGGUUUUGCGAUUCGGAAAGACGGAAAACCAUAUCGACGCCACUUCUCAAACGGCGAACCGGGGGGGCGGAUCCUUGCGAUUCCUACACCGACGGAGAUGGCGGAGAUUCCAUUUUGCAGCACUAGUAGUAGCACGGAACUGGCGCCGGAGGACGAGAGGCUUGCUAUAAGAGACAUUGCCGUGGCUGCCGAAGCUCAAAGCAAAGAAGGCGAUACUUUCUAUCUAAUCACCCAAAGAUGGUGGCAACAUUGGCUUGACUAUGUGAACCAAGAUCAAACAAAUAUCACCAAUGAUGGAUCCUGUUUGUUAGAGCAUUGUGAUUCAGUUGAUUCUAGUGCUUUGAAAAGGCCUUCUGGCAUUGACAACUCUGAUUUAAUAUAUGAUGCACCAUCGGAGGACUCCACUGUGGGAAUUGAGCUUCAUGAGACUCUUGUUGAAGGUCGUGAUUAUGUCUUACUCCCACAAGAAGUUUGGAACCAACUGUAUCUGUGGUACGGAGGGGGCCCAACAUUAGCGAGGAAAGUGAUCAAUUCUGGUCUCUCUCAGAUGGAGUUAGCUGUAGAGGUGUACCCUUUGCGUCUUCAACUCCUUGUGACGCCAAAAGGUGACCAGUCGACGAUAAGAAUAAGCAAGAAGGAAACAGUCGGAGAACUUCACAGGAGAGCGUGUGAAAUUUUCGAUCUUAAUUCGGAGCAAGUCUGCGUUUGGGAUUAUUAUGGCCAUCGGAAACAUGCUUUGAUGAAUGAUAUGGAUAAAACACUUGAUGACGCCAACAUACAGAUGGAUCAGGAUAUUCUGGUGGAGGUCGUUAAUAAUGUCAGUAGUACUGCAUUUGGAAGUUGCAGAAGUUCUGUUCAGGAAAAUGGAUCUGCAGAUAAGGAAGCUACUUCUGUUCUUAUAGAGCCUUCUAAGUCAAGCUUAUCAAUUGCAGGAGGUUUAGCUGCAAGCAAGAAUGUGUCUAGGAGCUGCAGUUCAGAGCUGUCACAGAGUCAAAAUCUGACUUCCCCACUUAGAGAUUUGGAUAACACAAAUGGGGUCAGUGGUGUUAGUACAAGAGGGUCUUCUGGCGGCCUGAUUGGGCUGUUGAAUCUUGGGAACACUUGUUUUAUGAAUAGCGCAAUUCAAUGCCUUGUUCAUACACCAGAGUUUGCCAGAUAUUUUCGGGAAGAUUUUUAUCAAGAGAUAAACUGGCAGAACCCUUUAGGCAUGGUUGGAGAGCUAGCUCUUGCAUUUGGUGAGUUACUUCGAAGAUUAUGGGCACCUGGACGAACCCCAGUUGCUCCCCGGCCAUUUAAAGCAAAGCUUGCUCGCUUUGCACCACAAUUCAGUGGAUACAAUCAGCACGAUUCUCAGGAACUCUUAGCAUUUCUGUUAGAUGGGCUUCAUGAAGAUCUAAAUCGGGUAAAAAACAAACCUUACAUAAAGUCUAGAGAUGCAGAUGGCCGACCUGACGUGGAAGUUGCUGACGAAUAUUGGGCAAAUCACAUUGCUCGUAAUGAUUCUAUUAUUGUUGAUGUUUGCCAAGGCCAAUACAAGUCAACUCUGGUUUGUCCCGUGUGCUGUAAAAUCUCUGUCACAUUUGAUCCCUUCAUGUAUCUCUCGCUGCCACUUCAGUCCACCAUUACACGAACUAUGACAGUUACUGUUUUUACUUGCGAUGGAAGUGCACUGCCAACUGCUUGCACUGUGACUGUUCCAAAACAGGGACGUUGCAGGGAUUUGAUCCAGGCACUCAGCAGUGCUUGUUCCUUGAAGCACAGUGAGAAGCUUCUGCUUGCAGAGAUACGAGGCCAUUUGAUUCACCGCUUUCUGGAAGAUCCUUUAACAUUGUUGUCUGCCAUAAAAGAUGAUGAUCACCUUGCUGCCUACAAGAUUCUGAAGUUAGCGAAGAAUACAUUAUUUCUUCAGUUGAUACACCGCCGUGAGGAAAAGGAAACUGGUAGCACCCAGAGCAAGAUGGGAUGGAAACCCUAUGGAACACCUCUCGUCUCGCCAAUCUCAUCUGAUGACAUGAUUAGAAGGGGCGAUAUACAAUCAAUAGUUCUCACAAUGCUCUCUCCCAUGCUACGAAACGAGAGCCUGGGACAUACCGACACAUCUGAUAUUAGCAUUUCAGUAGACCCGUCUCAUGGUGAUUUUGGUGAAGCAUGUACGCAUUCCACAGUAUCAGGUUCUAUACAAAAAGAAAGUAGUUCUAAAAUGGUUUUAUCAAAACUACCUCUGCAGUUAGUUGAUGAAAAUAAUGCAUGCAUUGACCUAUCAGUGGGAGAAGAAAAAGCUAUCAAAGUGUCUUCAUCAUCAAUGUCAAUACUCGUGUUUAUUGAUUGGUCGCAAAAGCUUUUAGAAAAGUACGACACCCAUUA